CGCGGAGAUGAGAUGUAUAUUUGACCAAGAAUGUUUAUUUAGCAAACACGUGGCAUGCGUAGAGCGGUCAACCUGGAAAUUCCCUCUGCGGAACUCUUUCACAAUUCCCAAUCACACACGCUGACCCAAUCAUUUUUACAUUCUCAUCUGCAGGAUUCAAAUCUGAAGGAAUGACGACGCGCCACCUGUUCUCACUCACGCGCCGUCAUCGGCGCCUGAGUUCAUCUUCCCUGAGUCAGUACACUCGAUUCGCCUCCCAGUUAGCUCAUGCUACGGAAGCUCCGGCAGCGCCCGCUCCACCUCCUCCCGACCUCAUGAUCUACGACCGAUUAGCGGAGGGAGUAAAAUCUAAGAUCAGGCGACUCGAGAGGCCAGAACCGAGGUUCCUUCGGUACAAUUCUCCGCACCCGUAUCAAACCGAUCAUACCUCGAUCCUCUCCGCUCCGGAGACUAAAGUGACCACUCUCCCUAACGGCCUGCGUAUUGCGACUGAGUCCAAUCUCGCCGCAAGUACCGCAACGGUAGGUGUGUGGAUCGACACCGGGUCUCGGUUUGAGGCCGACGAGAACCACGGCGUGGCGCAUUUUCUCGAGCACGUAAUUUUCAAGGGGACUGAGAAACGGCCUCGCAAGGCUUUUGAGGAGGAGGUUGAGAAUAUGGGAGCGCACAUGAGUGCUUUCACUUCGAGGGAGAUGACCGCGUACUCUGCCAAAGUCCAGGGCAAGAAUGUUAAUAAGGCCCUCGAUCUUUUGUCUGACAUGAUUCAGAACCCGGCUUUAGAGAACAAAAAGAUUAACAGCGAGCGCAAAGUGAUUCUCCGAGAAAUGCAAGUGGGUGAAGCAGAUCCCAAGAAAAUCAUUUUUGAUCAAUUACAUGCCACUGCAUUCCAGUACACUCCUCUGGGAAGAACUGUUAUUGGAUCUAUGGAGAGCAUUGAGAAACUUUCUAAGGAGGACAUUCAGGACUACAUUUCGACUCACUAUGCAGCUCAUAGAAUGGUUAUUUCUGCUAGUGGAGCUGUUAAACAUGAGGACGUUGUUGAACAAGUGAAGAAACAUUUCAUAAAACUGUCUUCCAAUCCUGUUACCACUUCUCAGCUGGUUACAAAUAGCCCUGCAAUAUUUACUGGCUCAGAGGUCCGAAUGAUUGAUGAGGAUCUGCCUCUUGCUCAAUUUGCCAUUGCCUUCAGCGGAGCAUCAUGGACCGACCCUGAUUCCAUAGCUUUGAUGGUCAUGCAAAAAAUGCUUGGGUCUUGGGACAAAAGCUGUGGAGGGGGAAAGCACAUGGGUUCCCAUCUCGUACAGAGAGUGGCAAUUAAUGAGAUCGGUGAGAGUGUGAUGGCUUUCAACAUGAACUAUAAGGACACAGGGCUUUUUGGUGUCUAUGCAGUAGCUGAGCGUGAUUGCUUGGAUGACUUAGCUUACUCGAUAAUGUAUGAGUUAUGCAAUUUGUGCUACCGUGUAUCCGAAGCUGAUGUCAUCCGUGCUCGUAAUCAGCUCAAGUCUUCUUUAAUGCUCCAAAUUAAUGGAUCUAGCGGCACUGCUGAAGAUAUUGGACUUCAGUUAAUAACCUAUGGCCGAAGAAUUCCAUACGCUGAGUUAUUUGCUAGGAUCGACUCCGUGGAUGCCAGCACUAUAAAAAGAGUUGCCAACCGUUUUAUUUUUGAUCGGGACGUAGCAAUAGCAGCGAGGGGACCGAUUCAGGGCUACUUACCGGACUAUAAUUGGUUUAGACGCAGAACAUACUGGCUGCGCUACUAAACCCCUUUAUUAUUAUUACUCUUUUCUUUGCCAAACUUUUUUUGUUCCACACUACUGUGUUUAUUCUGGUGGUUUUGCUUUGUCAUACGCAGUGAUUAAUAAUUUGGGGGCAUCAUAAUUCAUAACACAAGUCCGCAAAAGGUUGUGUGCCACUGUAAAUAAUAUGGGGGAUCCACUUAUUUCUUCUCUUGUACAAAAACGGUGGGGGGUCCAUCGCCGUAUCGGUGAUCAUUAUAUACUACGUAUUACUUUAAUUUGCUCUCUACAGCUCUACUGUACUUGCAAACUUAUAGUAUCAAAUUCUUAGCUUACAAAUUUAUAUUCUGAC